AUGACGUCAUCGGAGGUUUCGAUAAAGGACAAUUGCGGGAACCAGAGGGGAGAUAGCUUCUCGUCCGGUUUCAGUGACCAUAACGAUGCUAGGAAUAACUUAGAGGGGCAAAACAGUCAUCCCACUGUUUCCGCCGCCGGUAGAGAUGCUGAGACUGCACUUUACACGGAGCUUUGGCACGCCUGCGCUGGGCCGCUCGUGACUGUGCCGCGUGAACGGGAGCGUGUCUUUUACUUCCCUCAGGGACACAUCGAGCAGGUGGAGGCGUCAACUAAUCAGGUGGCUGACCAACAGAUGCCUGUGUAUAAUCUUCCCUCAAAGAUCCUUUGCCGGGUUAUCCAUGUACAACUGAAGGCUGAACCGGACACUGAUGAGGUAUUUGCACAAGUCACUUUACUUCCUGAGCCAAGUCAAGAUGAGAAUGCGGUAGAGAAGGAACCUCCACCCCCUCCACCACCUCGAUUUCAAGUACAUUCAUUUUGUAAGACUCUAACUGCUUCGGAUACAAGCACUCAUGGUGGAUUUUCAGUGCUGAGGCGGCACGCAGAUGAAUGCCUUCCACCACUGGACAUGUCUCGCCAGCCUCCAACCCAGGAGUUGGUUGCAAAAGAUUUGCAUGCAAAUGAGUGGCGCUUUCGCCAUAUCUUCCGAGGUCAACCCCGGAGGCAUUUGCUUCAAAGUGGUUGGAGUGUUUUUGUUAGCUCCAAGAGGCUUGUUGCAGGAGAUGCAUUUAUAUUUUUAAGGGGUGAAAACGGGGAGCUCCGUGUUGGUGUUAGACGUGCAAUGAGACAGCAAGGCAGUGCCCCAUCUUCAGUGAUAUCUAGUCACAGUAUGCACCUAGGUGUCCUUGCUACUGCAUGGCACGCCAUCUUAACAGGGACGAUGUUCACUGUGUACUACAAGCCAAGAACAAGCCCUGCUGAAUUCAUUGUUCCAUUUGACCAGUACAUGGAGUCUGUUAAGAACAACUAUUCUAUAGGUAUGAGGUUCAAGAUGAGGUUCGAAGGUGAAGAAGCUCCGGAGCAGAGGUUUACUGGUACCAUAAUUGGAAUUGAAGAUGCUGACACCAAAAGAUGGCGAGAUUCCAAAUGGAGAUCCCUUAAGGUGAGAUGGGAUGAGACUUCAACCAUACCUCGUCCAGAGAGAGUUUCACCUUGGAAAAUAGAGCCUGCUCUUGCUCCUCCAGCACUGAAUCCCCUCCCGAUGCCCCGGCCAAAAAGGCCUCGGUCAAACAUGGUACCCUCGUCUCCAGAGUCUAUUCUCACCAGGGAAGGUUCCUCAAAAGUAACUGCAGACCCUGCAAUGCCAGGUGGGUUUUCAAGGGUCUUGCAAGGUCAAGAAUUCUCGACCUUGAGAGGCAAUUUUGUGGAUAGCGAGUCUGAUACUGCUGAAAAGUCUCUUGCGUGGACACCUUCGGUAGAUGAUGAGAAGAUUGACGUCGUUUCUGCAAGAAGAUAUAGUUCAGAGAACUGGAUGCCCUCAGGGAGGCAUGAACCAACUUACACAGAUCUGUUGUCAGGCUUUGGGACUAGUGUUGAUUCUUCGCGUGGUAUCUGUCCACCUUUUGUUGAUCAAGCUGUUGGUAAUUCAAUGAGAAAGCAUUCAUUAGAUCAGGAAGGCAAGUUUAACUUGCAGUCAUGGUCCAUGUUGCCGUCAUCUCUGUCCCUUAGCUUGGACUCUAAUCUUAAGGGUCCUCCCAUUGGCAAUAUGGCUUACCAAGCGCAAGGGAAUACUAGAUAUGGUGUAUUUAGUGACUAUUCUGUUCUGAAUGGUCAUAGAGUUGACCACCCACAAGGAAAUUGGCUAAUGCCUCCACCCCCAUCACAUUUUGAGAAUUCUGCGAAUGCAAGGGAGGUCAUGCCACAACAUGCGUCAUUACAGAAACAGGAGGUUGUGAAGCCUAAAGAUGGAAACUACAAGCUCUUUGGUAUUCCUCUCAUAGCACCAGAGGCUGCAUUGUCACACAGAAAUGCGAUGAUUGGGUCACCUCACCAUAACCAAGUUCAUACUUUUGAGUCUGACCAGAAGUCUGAUAAAUCAAGGGGCACAAAAUCAGUGGAGAAUCCCUUAGCUGUUAGUGAGCCGGAUAAACUGUUACAAACUUCUCAGCAACAUGUCAGAGAUGGUCAGGUUAAACCACAGGGAGGUUCAACUAGGAGUUGUACCAAGGUUCACAAACAAGGUAUUGCACUUGGUAGGUCUGUUGAUCUUACGAAGUUCAAUAACUACAAGGAACUGAUUGCUGCAUUGGACAAAUUGUUUGAAUUUGACGGUGAGCUGAUGGCCCCGAAAAAGAAUUGGUUGAUUGUGUACACUGAUGAUGAGGGUGAUAUGAUGCUUGUUGGAGAUGAUCCCUGGCAGGAAUUUUGUGGCAUAGUCCGGAAGAUUUUCAUCUACACCAGAGAGGAGGUUCAAAAGAUGAACCCUGGAACUCUAAAUUCACAUGGGGAGGAGAAUUUAUCAUUGGUUGCGGAGGGUGCAGAUGCAAGAGAGGGGAAGUCUCAGCUACUUCCUAAAGCAUCUACUCCCGGAAAAUGUUAG